AUGAAGCGAACCCCGACUGCCGAGGAACGGGAGCGCGAAGCCAAGAAACUGAGGCUUUUCGAAGAGCUUGAAGACACGUGGCUUCCUUAUCUGACCCCCAAAGAUGAUGAGUUCUACCAGCAGUGGCAGCUGAAGUACCCCAAGCUGGUCCUGCGCGAGGCGGGCGCCGUGCCCGAGGAGCUGCACCGGGACGUGCAGGCGGCCUUCGCCACGCUGCACCAGCACGGCUGCCUGGCCCGCGACCUGGUGAGGAUCCAGGGCAAAGACCUGCUCACGCCGGUCGCCCGCCUCCUCGUGGGCAACCCGGGCUGCACCUACAAGUACCUGAGCACCCGGCUCUUCGCCGCGCCCUGGCCCGUGCGGGGCUCCAGCGUCGCCUACCACACGGCCGAGAUCGCCGCCGCCUGCCAGACCCUCCUCAGCCUCAACGGCUACCUGCAGCUGGAGACGGCGCAGGCGUGGGAGGAGCUGGUGGCCAAGGAGAGGGCCAACAUCGACGAGGUGCCCGUGUGCAUCGGGCCCGACUUCGGCCUGGGCAUCUUCGACGGGCCGGACGAGGCGGACAUCCGGAGCAGGUCCGCGUACAACGUGACCCUCCUCAACUUCAUGGAUCCCCGGAAGAUGCCCCACCUGAAGGAGGAGCCCUAUUUCGGCAUGGGCAAGAUGGCGGUGAGCUGGCACCACGACGAGAACCUGGCGGACAGGUCGGCGGUGGCCGUGUACAGCCACAGCUGCGAAGGCCCGGAAGAGGAAAGCGAGGAGGACUCGCCACUGGAAGGCAGAGAUCCUGACACUUGGCAUGUUGGUUUCAAGAUCUCCUGGGACAUAGAGACACCUGGGCUGGCAAUCCCCCUUCACCAAGGAGACUGCUACUUCAUGCUCGAUGACCUCAAUGCCACCCACCAGCAUUGCGUUUUGGCUGGCCUACCACCUCGGUUUAGUUCCACCCACCGAGUGGCAGAGUGCUCGACGGGGACCCUGGAUUACAUCUUGCAGCGCUGCCAGCUGGCUCUGCAGAAUGUCGGCGAUGUGACAGAUAGUGGGGGUGUCGCCCUGAAGUCCUUAGAGCCUGCAGUUUUGAAACAAGGAGAAGAAAUCCACAACGAGGUCGAGUUCGAGUGGCUGAGACAGUUUUGGUUCCAGGGCAGUCGCCCCCGGAAGUGCACCGACUGGUGGUGCGAGCCCAUGGCCCGGCUGGAGGAGAUGUGGCGGAGGAUGGAAGUGGCGACAAACGGGGUGCUCCAGGAAGUGCGAAGAGAGGGGGUCCCCGUGGGACAGCGGAACGCCAUGGUGACCGCCAUCCUCGCCUCGCUCACCGCGCGCCAGACCCUGCGGAGGGAGUGGCACGCCAGGUGCCAGUCCCGGGCCGCCCGCUCUCUGCCCGCCGACCAGCAGCCGGAGUGCCGGCCGUACUGGGAGAAGGAGGACCCCUCUAUGCCCCUGCCCUUCGACCUCACGGACAUCGUCUCGGAGCUCAGAGGCCUGCUCCUGGAGGCCAGCCCCUAG